AUGAUUAGGAAAGGUGCUUUGCGUUUGUUGAGCUCCUCUGCGAGAUCCCUUGCGGGAGAGACGGUAGGGACAUCGCACGCGAACCCUCAAGUAGCCAGAGCGGGAUCAAUUUCAUCCAAUCUAUACCUAGAGCCAUCUAAAUGGAAGGGACUGCCAUCUGAGAAGAUCUUCCAUUUGUACCGGGAGAGAAUUGUGAAACUGGGAUCGGAAUAUAAACCGUGCGACGAGGAAUUGCAAGCGUUGCUCAGUACUGCGAAAGAGACUGGAGUUCUGGAGCGUGAUAUCAAGAAGAUAUACUACAACGGUGAAAAAGGAGCAUCAGAUAUCCUUGGAGGCGGCUUACAGGAUAGUUAUAGCCCUAGGCCCUUUAUGUUCGACGAUCUGCCCAGUCAAGCCCAAGAUCUAGUCGCGCAGCAUAGAGAACAGCGGUUCUAUAACCGGCUGGCAGCUUAUGAACUGCCUCUUUUGGCUCAGUAUCGUCAGCCUUACAGGAGACCAUCGCCCAAGACACACCCUGUGCAGUACCGUUUCACAACCUACUUGGGCGAGGAUCACCCUAACGCUAGCAAAGUUGUGCUAAGGGUCAAGACGGAGGAACUAGGGCUGAACAAGAGAGAAUUGCAUAAAUUUCGUCUGCUUGCAAAGACGCGUUAUGACCAUUUGACCGAUGUGUUUAAAAUGUCCAGCAGCAAGUUCCCAGAGGCUGCCCAGAACGCUCGUUAUUUGAACGAUAUCUUCAAGAGACUGUUGACAGAGGCCAAAGAUCUCACCGACGACUUUAGCGAUGUUCCUUUGGACACACGGCACACCCAGGCUAAGAAUCUGCGUAAAAAGAAGCACGAUUACGCUUUCCCUGAAGAGUGGAAGCGCCCCGAAGAUGCUCCAAAGCACAAGUUCAGAAUCGUAGAAGAGAUUGAAAAGAACUUGUAA